AGUCCCCACAUUCAAGCUGAGAAUCACUAACAAGGUGCCCGUGCUCCCAUCUGGACUGCAUUCCUGCCGACACAAAUUCUUCCCCCUCUUCAUCAGAACCGUGUGCUCAGCGUCGUUCAUAAAAGCUGUCCGCUCAUCAUGUAUUACUCACCCCCCAAUGGAUAUUCCCUCGCGCAACGCCCAGCAGAUGGAUCGAGUCAUCUGGGCGAAGCCGUGGCGCUGUGCCAGUCCAUCUUGGCUCGCUAUCGCCGCACCGGAUGCACCUUCUCUUCGUCAGAGCUAAAGGCGCUGAAGGUCUUGCGCGAUGCAUGCCCUGACGCCGCACACGACGCGGCGGGCGGGACGGCGGCCCAGCAAAACGUCAGCGACGAUUUUUUACGCGACCUCGAUCAGGCGGGCAGUGUCCUUCAGUUUGAUGAGGAGGUGAUGUCGUUCGUUGAGAAGUGCUGUGACUGCACGAUGAGCACGAAGGAGGUCUUUCACUGCCUGAACGGCCACCUUGCAGCUGCCCUUCACGCACGAGAGGUGCACACGUUUGUGGUGAACUCGAAUGACCACCUUCUCUUUGACCCGGUGAACGGCGUCGCGUCGCCUCUGGAUGACUCUACGCCAAUCGGCAAGACCUCUCAGUCCCACGAGACCUUCGUCAUCUCCAACGUGUUGUACAUCCCAAUUUGGGCGAGGACAGAGUUUGUGGGCGCGGUGGAGGUGCCCGGCGGUGCCGCGUCGCAGUGCGCCACGUCGGUCUUCGCGCGCCUGCUGCGCGGCGUCACCGUCGCUCUCAAAAACGUGAAAGCGCUAUUGGUGAAGGAGCUCGCCGCACAGGAGGCGGAGGCGAUGGUGGGCAUGGCGACCCGGCUGGCCCGCGACACGCUGGACGAGGCGGUGCUGGUGCAGUCCAUCAUCAACACGGCGAAGACGCUGACGGAGAGCGACCGGUGCAGCAUCUUUCUGGUGAAGGGCAACGGCACGCUGGAGGCGCACUUCGAGGACGGCAAGGUGGUGGUGAUGGCCGCCGGGACAGGCAUCGCGGGGUACGUUGCGAAGACGGGCAUGGUGGUGAACAUCCCCA